AUGGCCGAUUUUGCUGUUGAAUUGUUGAAAUUGACACCAGUGGAGGCGUGCAUGGUAAUGUCACCUCUGUCCAUGGUGGCUGCACUUUCCGUUCUAGAACGAGGAGCAGGUGGUGCUACGAAAAGUCAAGUCAGUGAUGCCUUGAAGAGAACAUCCAACGAUGAUGUACCGGAGCUGAUUCGUCAACUUGCGUCUGCCGAUGGGGUUCUAAUGAACGUAGCGACGAGAUUUUACCUAGCUGAUUCUACCACCCUUCACGAAGAGUACAACAACCAAAUAUCAAAGGAUUUCGAUGUGACCGCUGAGCGACUGAAUUUCCGAGAUCAGAGUCACACUGUACAGACGAUAAACAGCUUUGUGUCGGAUGCAACACAUGGAAUGAUCAAAAAGUUACUGUCCGACGAUUUCUAUGCUGCGGACAUGAAAGCUUUUCUGGUUAACGCCGUUUAUUUCAAAGGCCAAUGGGCUAAAAAAUUUUCGGAGGACUCCACAAGAAAAGACGUCUUUCACGGAAUCAAGGGUGAUCGAGAGGAAUCUUUCAUGAAUAUGAACAAUGUGAAGACUUGUCGUUAUGGCCAGAGUGAUGGCGUCCAAGUGCUUGCCUUGGAAUAUAAGGAUAAGAAUUACGAGUUCGUCAUCUUUCUGCCUUCCCAAGAUGUUCCGUUCGCCCAAUUUCGGGAAUCAAUCACUGGCGAGAAAAUCCGUGAACUCCUUGGGCAAGCAAGCAGCGGGGGAGUAGAUGUGACCAUCCCAAAAUUCAAAUUGUCUUCGUCACCCAACCUGAAGAGUAUGCUGCAGUCACUGGGUAUCACAGAUCUGUUCAAGGGAGGAACAUGUGAUUUGCAUGGAGUGUCACCGGAUGAGCUCUAUGUCGCCGACGCUAUUCACCAAGCCGUCAUUGAGGUCGAUGAGAAAGGGCGUGAACCUGAUCCAAUGGCUGAAGCGGCGGCAAAGCGAAUGUUCACACUACGUAAUAUUCAUCCACUUUUCCGUGCUGAUCAUCCAUUCCUUUAUGGAGUUUUCCGCGACCACAAACCUAUCUUCAUCGGACAAUAUUGUUAG